CAGCUAUAAAAAGAAAAAGGCUAGUGUCUCUGUGUCUCUGUCUGUGUUAGUGACUUUGUGUCUAUAUCAUCUAUAUAUGUCAUUCUAUGUGGAGCCUACAAACAAACCCAUACCUCUCCAGAUCCAUUCUAUUGACCCAAUUCCCUACUUCAACAGCGGCUUCUGUUCUGUUGUGUUCCUUACACUCAGAUACCAUUUUCCCCCACUUUCUCUCAUUGACAUUGAAACCAAAAGUAUUUAUUCACUUCUUGCAUAAAUAGAGAGAAAGUUAAAAAAUCUUUCUUGAGAGGGAAAGACUGUCUUUUUAGUUAGACAAAGAAGACUUACAUAUCUUUUAAAAGGGUCUUCUUGUUGGGUGAGCUAAUUAUAAUACUUAUUAUUACUUUUGAUUUUUUUUUUUCACUGGAAUGGUAAGCAAAUCUUUGCAAUGGGUUUUUAACAAAGGAAUAUAUAUUUUUUUAAGACUCUGUAUGAUCUUUUUUUGAAAAUGGGUCACUAUCAUCAAGACAAAAUCUAACUCUAAAUAGUAGUAAAACACAGUUACUUUCAAGUCACAGUGCUAAUACUGGUUAUGCUCUAUUUCUCUAUCUCUCAUUGGUAACACUUUCUCUUUCUUAUGUGAUUGAAUAAUCAUUUGUCUUCUUUAUUUUUAUUUGCUUGUGGUAAUUAUGUAUGUCAAGUUAGUGUCUCCUUUUUUGCAGGUUGGUUCAGUUCAUUGUACUGAUAACAAACAACACUCGAGAGAUUAUCCGGGUUCCUCGAAAUUUGAAUUUUUUUGGUUUAUCAUUCAGUCGUUUUUAAACUGGGUCUAUUGGUUCUAAGGCUAAAGUUCAAUUUUCCGAACCAAAUUCAAGAUUCGAAGCCAAGUAAAGAUGGCUUUUCUUACUUAAAGCCAAUGCAUGUUAUUUGAUUCCCUCAGAACAGGGAGUUCUUGUAACUAUGGAUCUCCGAGAAGAUAGCUCCAGGUUUGGCUCAGUAACAAUUUCAACUUUAAGGAAUAUGUCAUCAUCAUCUUCAGCAUUUUUUUCAGCAAACCAGUCACCUUUCUUCUCUCCAAGAUCACCAACCUGUCAAAUCUCUGAAUCAACAAGGUCGGAUGCUCAAUGUGAUAGUAUUCAUUUAAGUGGUGAGCACCUUACUUCCAGUUCAGGAAAUCCAUUACUUACAUCUCCUGCAAAUGUCAGAGAUGCCGUGUCAGACAUGUCAAGGGACCCAGUUGCCGAAAUUGGAACAGAUUUUCAGAAGCUUGAUCGAAUAUUUUCCUCAACUGGCAUUUCUAAUAGCUCUCCAUAUAGUUACAACAAUUUGCAUGACAUUGGUUAUUCUGGGUUCAGAGAGAAGCAAAGAAAGCAUGAGAGAAGCCAGGGAACAUUAUAUACUCCAGUUUCAAUCUCCCUACCCUCUUACAGACUGAGGAGCUGUGACGUCUUCAUAGGAUUGCAUGGUCGAAAACCUUCUUUGCUGAGGUUUGCUAAUUGGAUUCGUGCUGAAUUGGAGGUUCAAGGGAUAAGUUGUUUUAUAUCUGACAGAGCUCGAUGUAGGAACUCGCGGAAACAUGGUUUAGUAGAGAGGGCAAUGGACGUUUCUUCUUUUGGCAUUGUAAUCCUAACAAAGAAGUCCUUUAGGAACCCGUACACUAUUGAGGAAUUGCGAUUUUUCACAAGCAAAAAGAAUUUGGUCCCGUUAUUCUUUGAUUUGAGUCCAGAUGAUUGCCUGGUCAGGGACAUAGUUGAGAAUAGGGGAGAGUUAUGGGAGAAACAUGGAGGUGAACUAUGGCUUUUGUAUGGUGGGUUAGAGAAUGAGUGGAAGGAAGCUGUUAACAGCCUUUCUCGGGUAGAUGAGUGGAAACUUGAAGCUCAGGAGGGUAACUGGAGAGAUUGCAUUCUGAGGGCUGUCACACUUCUGGCAAUGAGAUUGGGAAGGAGAAGUGUUGUAGAACGGAUGACCAAGUGGAAAGAGAAGGUGGAUAAAGAUGAGUUCCCUUUCCCCCGAAAUGAGAACUUCAUUGGCAGGAAGAAAGAAUUGUCUGAACUAGAGUUUAUACUUUUUGGUGAUGUCAGUGGAGAUUCAGAAAGAGAUUAUUUUGAACUUAAGACUAAACCCAGGAGAAAGAAUUUGACAAUUGGAUGGAGUAAGAGCAGUUCAAUGGAGGAAAAACGAAGGGAUUGGAAAUGGGAGAACAGGGCCAAGAAGGGUAAAGAACCAGUUGUAUGGAAGGAGUCUGAAAAGGAGAUUGAGAUGCAAAGCACUGAAAUUCCUCACAGGCAACACCACGCAAGAACUAAAGGUGCUAGACGUUAUGCAAAGAGGAAAAGAUCAACAAAGAUUGUGUACGGGAAGGGGGUUGCCUGUGUGUCAGGGGAGUCAGGAAUUGGAAAGACAGAGCUUCUCCUAGAAUUUGCCUAUAGAUAUCACCAGAGGUACAAGAUGGUCCUGUGGAUUGGAGGAGAAAGCAGGUAUAUUAGGCAUAAUUAUCUGAAUCUCUGGUCAUUCUUAGAAGUUGAUGUGGGGGUUCAGAAUUGUCCAGGGAAAAGCAGAAUAAGAAAUUUUGAGGAGCAGGAAGAGGAAGCCAUUUCUAGAGUUCGCAAAGAGCUCAUGAGAAACAUACCAUUUCUGGUGGUGAUUGAUAACUUGGAGAGUGAAAAGGAUUGGUGGGAUCACAAACUUGUAAUGGAUCUCCUUCCCCGUUUUGGCGGAGAGACCCAUAUUAUAAUUUCUACACGGCUCCCUCGUGUCAUGAAUCUGGAACCUUUGAAACUUUCUUACUUGUCUGGGGUGGAGGCAACAUGUAUAAUGCAAGGAAGUGGGAAAGACUACUCAAUUGCAGAAAUUGAGGCCCUCAGGGUUAUUGAGGAGAAACUAGGAAGGUUAACUUUAGGCCUCGCAAUAGUAGGAGCAAUUUUAUCCGAGCUCCCUAUAAAUCCAAGCAGGCUAUUGGACACCAUAAAUAGAAUGCCAUUGAGAGAAAUCUCAUGGAGUGGUAGGGAAGCUAAUUCAUUGACCAAAAACAGUUUCAUCUUGCAACUCUUUGAGGUAUGUUUCUCAAUAUUUGAUCAUGCUGAUGGACCAAGGAGCUUGGCGACCAGGAUGGUCCAGGCCAGUGGUUGGUUUGCACCAGCUGCUAUUCCUGUUUCUCUAUUAGCCCUAGCUGCAAACAAGAUACCGCAGAAACAUAGGGGAACUCAGCUAUGGAGAAAGUUAUUGCGUUCCCUGAGCUGUGGCCUUUCUUCAUCAUACACCAAAAGAUCAGAAGCAGAAGCAUCUUCCAUGUUGUUGAGAUUUAAUAUUGCAAAAAGUAGUACAAAGCAAGGCUAUGUCCAUGUUAAUGAACUUGUUAAAAUUUACAUGCGCAAAAGAGGAACUGCAAUUGUUGCGCAGGCCAUGGUUCAAGCUGUCAUCAGUCGUGGUUCUAUAUCUCACCAUUCAGAACAUAUAUGGGCGGCAUUAUUCUUGCUUUUCGGAUUUAGUAAUGACCCCAAGGCUGUCGAGCUGAAGGUGUCGGAACUAUUGUACCUUGUUAGAGAAAUGGUUUUGCCUCUUGCAAUACGGACAUUCAUUUCAUUCUCUCGAUGCAAUGCUGCCUUGGAGCUCCUGCGUCUAUGCACUAAUGCUUUGGAAGCAGCGGACCAAGCAUUUGUUACCCCAGUUGAGAAGUGGUUAGACAAAUCACUAUGUUGGAGGCCAAUCCAGACUAAUGCUCAGCUGAAUCCAUAUCUUUGGCAGGAGCUAGCACUUUCAAGAGCAACUGUUCUGGAAACUAGAGCAAAGCUCAUGUUAAGAGGGGGACAGUUUGACAUUGGGGAUGAUUUGAUAAGGAAGGUUAUUUUUAUUAGAACUUCAAUAUGCGGUGAUGAUCAUCCAGAAACCGUGUCUGCUCGUGAAACUUUAAGCAAACUCACCAGGCUUCUUGCCAAUGUUCAAAUUUACACUUCACCAUAGAACUAUAUUUUUUGUAAGCAAAAGUUACUUUAGAAUUAUACAAAAUUCUCAAAUAAAACUGCUGUAAACAUUUCAGAGGAAAUUUUUUUAAAUACCAUUUUAAAAUCUGAA